AUGGGUCCAACGAAUAAGACGUUAUCAAUAUCGCCGUCAGUGGAGCAGCCUGAUUUCAGGAAUAUCACAUUCCAAGAGCUCGUUAGUGCCUACUCUCAACAGGCACGGAGUCUGAUAAAGGGAGGUGCGGAUAUACUGCUGGUGGAGACUGUAUUUGAUACGGCGAAUGCUAAAGCUGCCUUGUUUGCGAUUAGACAGCUAUUUGAAGAUGAGAAUAUGGAGGAGAUUCCGGUGUUCCUGUCUGGAACGAUAGUUGACCUAUCCGGCAGGACACUUUCCGGACAGACCGGAGAGUCCUUCCUGAUCAGCACAAAGCAAGGGAAUGCCAUGGCCGUGGGUCUGAAUUGCGCGUUGGGCGCUAAGGAGAUGAGACCGUUUAUUGAGGAUAUCGCGAGAAAUACAGCGGCGUGGGUGAUAUGUUAUCCGAAUGCGGGUAGUUUUUAU